GCUCGGGGCGCGCCCACCUCGCCGGGGGGCGCACGUGCGUGAGCCGCGGUCUCACUUCUAGCUUCCCUCGACUUACACGGAUCCUCGGCCGGACCCUUCCGACAGUUCUGUGGUGUUCUUGGUCACACAUUUAUGGAGUUUCUGAAGGGCAGUGGAGAUUACUGCCAGGCACAGCACGACCUCUAUGCAGACAAGUGAACUGUAGAAAUCCAUUACUACUCCACCAAGAAGCCCCCGUAAGAGUGGUUAACCUGGACACAGAAGUGUUGAAUUGCAAUCUGCAGAGCAUUUUCCAAGAGUUCUGACCUGGAUGGGGUAAACCUCAGUGCACUUGCUUUCUAUUGCCUCAGUAUUACUGGAUUGAAGAGUUGCUACUUCCCAUUAGGAGGUUCAUUUCAUUUAUCAUUACUCCCAGUUUCAUAAAGCACUGAGAAUUUUAAGUGGAGUAUAUUGAAGUAGACUUCAGUUUCUUUGCAUCAUUCCUGUAUUCGAUUUUUAAAUUCUUUCAUAACCCUAUUGAGUGUUUUGAGUAAGUUACCAUGGCUCGAAUGAACCGUCCUGCUCCUGUGGAAGUCACCUACAAGAACAUGAGAUUCCUUAUUACCCACAAUCCAACCAAUGCAACCUUAAACAAGUUUAUUGAGGAACUUAAGAAGUAUGGAGUUACCACAAUCGUAAGAGUAUGCGAAGCAACUUACGACACUACUCUGGUGGAGAAGGAAGGCAUUCACGUUCUCGAUUGGCCUUUUGAUGAUGGUGCACCACCCUCUAACCAGAUUGUUGAUGACUGGUUAAGUCUUGUAAAAAUAAAGUUUCGUGAAGAACCUGGUUGCUGUAUUGCUGUGCAUUGUGUUGCAGGCCUUGGGAGAGCUCCAGUGCUUGUUGCCCUGGCACUAAUUGAAGGUGGAAUGAAAUAUGAAGAUGCAGUACAGUUCAUAAGACAAAAGCGGCGUGGAGCUUUUAACAGCAAGCAGCUUCUGUAUUUGGAAAAGUACCGACCUAAAAUGCGGCUACGCUUUAAAGACGCCAACGGUCACAGAAACAACUGUUGCAUUCAAUAAAACUGCCUCAGAAGUGGAAUUUGAGGUGGAACCUAAUUUGUCAUAACAAUAUUGGUUUGGUGAAUGAGUCUAGUGAAGCAUCCAUAGGAAUAUUGAAAAGCAGUUCCUCAGGCUGCGAGCUUGACCACAACUUUUAUUUGGGUUUUGAUUGACCUAUUUGGACACUUAGCAAAAAAGAAAAAAAACAACACAAAAUUCUUGUUGUUCAGCAUUUAAAAUGUGCUUAUCACAUAUUAAUUGACCUUUCCUAAAAUCAUUGAGUUACAUUUUUAAAAUAUAUUCCCAUGCCAGAAUCUUUAUCAAUAUAUAAGAAAUUUAGAAAGAUUAGGUGCCAAAAUAUCCAGCACAAUACUUGUAUAUUUUUAAUACCAUUCAGAACCGAAAUUCCAGAAACUCUAGACCUGUAUGGUUUCUUCCUUCAGUCAUUUCAAACACUGUAGGGCCUCUGGCUAUUUGCCUGUUCAUUUUAUGUUUACAUCUCCCAUUCAUACAUCAGGUUUGUGUAACCAUUGAUAUUUUUUUGUACCAAGUCUUAAGGUGAUUAUUUAAUGUCUUUCUAUAUGUCUUUAUGCUGUUAUGGGAAACCUCCAUUUUGAAAGUCUUCAUUGUUACAGAAGCACAUGUCUUUAAUAAUGUCUCCAGACAGAAAAGCCUUACAGUUAAUUUAAUGUUGGCACUCUGAGGUGCAGCUUCACAGGGAGGGCCUGAAAGAAUGGGAGGGAGCUCUUGAAUAUCUUUAGUAAAAUGUUGCCUUUGUCUUGUGCAGAGUAUGCUCUUUAGUAAAUAUUUUUAAAGUAUAGAUGCUUUGUUUUAGCAAAAAUUCUUAAUCAUAAAAUUUCUGAUAUUGUAUUUUUUCCAUACUUAGUUGUUUACCACCUUAUUUUUGUUUGAAUUGUGAUUUUUUCCCCUUUUCUCUUCCCAGCCUCUCUUGCAAAAAAAAAGGGGUUUCUGCUAAUGAAAUUGAGCAGAUAUCUAAUAUUUUAUAAGCCUUUUGAGCUGUGUAACUUAAUAUUUGGAUACUUGAUAAUUUGUCCUAUUAUGUAAUUGAUAUAAUGGUGAUGUGUAUUAAUGUUAGUUCAACCAUAUAUUUAUACUGUCUGGGAGUGUGUGGUUAUAGUUCUGUGGGAGAAACAAUUUGUCAGUGCUCACCAGCUUGUAAAAACUUAGUGCAAGACUUAAACACCUAAAUAAAUAAUUAAAUGCAUUUAUCAUCACUGAGAUUGUUUUUGCUUAGUUAACUUGUAAUUGAAGAAUGAAGUGAAAUCAGGAUUGUUUAGUAAGCUUAUAGUUUGUUGCAUCCUGACAAUUUUUAAUAGCUCUUCUCAUUACAACCUGCUCUUAUUUAAAAGGUCUAGAUGAAAUUUUGAACCAAUUCAUUGUAUACUGAAUAGAAAAACCUUACAGUUCAAAAAGGCCUUGGUUUUUAAGACUCGGUUCAAUUAUUAGUGAUUUGCUGCAACCUAAACUUUGAAGAUUCAGUUUUCUCAUUUGCAACUUGAUGAUAUUGCAGUGCCUUUAUAAUUUUAACGAUUAUUUGACACACUUAAUUGUUAAGCUUCUUUAAAUCUGAAAUACUUUGUAUUUAUGCUAGUGUAAAAGAAGCUUGGCUACUUUUGAACAGCAAUUAUAAACAUGAACUCAAAAAAUUAUAGUUAAAAGUGAUAUUCCCCCUUUUACAUAAUGUACUUCCAUCUCUUGCCAGUAUAACAAUGUAUUCCAUCCUUAAAAUUUAGCCAGAGCAAAAGAGAAUAGAUCUAUUGGCCCUUGGUUCUUUAAAUUUAUUUUUUCUUAAAUUCUUGAAGAUAAUUUUGUGUGAUUGACACUAAAUGUUACACUAUUUACUACACAGCCCAUAAAUAGCAUUGUGCUUAUUGAAAGAGAUAGUUGAGUUUCUGUGAUGAUUGUAAAUAUGGUGCUAAAAAUCACUUUAUAAACAAUCUGUACAGUAUACAAACAUAAGACUUGCUUUUUAUCCAAAUAUUUUGUAUCUUGUAAAUAUGGCUAAUUAUAGGGACACCUGUGAUACAUCCCAAAACAUCCUUUAUGUUUAGAGAGAAUGUAUUAGAAGUUCCCAGAUGAUGUUCUAAGCUUUGGUUUGGAUACCUUUAGUGGCCUGAUGUAAAUAGUGACUAGUUGCCUAGGGUUUUCUGUAGAAAUCAUAAUGUAGCUGACAUAAGUAAUGUGACAAAAAUGGGGGGGGAUGUGAUCUUUGAGUGGAGGGCAAUAUGGCACCUAUGUAAUUUUUUUCAGUACAUUGCAUACUUUGACUUGUCAGCACUCGUUUAUCUUGGAGCAGUGUUCUGUUCCCACCUUAACAGCUCCACACCACGAAGCAGUCCAACCAAAACUCAGGUUGGCUGGAAUCUCAGUCUCUAGGGAUGUAGCUUAGUUGUCAUUAUAUCUAUCUGACUCAGCUACUGUAUGCCAGGCAUUUUAAAGAUAGUGCAGAGAACAUUAAAGUUUGUGUAGCAAGUUCUAUUCAAUAAGUCCCCUGCCCCCUGUCAUAAGUGAGAGUGCGUUCUCCUGGAGUUUGAGGAAAUGUAAUUUGGUAAGAAUACUUCAAGUGGAAGUGGAAAUGUGAUACUAAUUUUUUUCCUUUUACAUGUAAACUAAACAUCCUUUAAGUUCUAAAAAAUACAUAAAGUAGUGUAUACAUGUUUAUACUCCAAAUUCUUGACUCUGAAUUACUGUUUGUGAGUGUCUAUGUGCCUCCUUCAACUAAUCAAAAAUUAAAGACUGGUUUAAAAGUGUC